GUGACACCGCCCCGGUAGGCGGAACUAUGCUGCGGCGAGGAAGGUUUAACGUGUUGCACAUGUGCCUGCGGUAGCUAGGGGUGGAAGGGAUUUGGCGUUCGGUGAGCUGAGGCUGGCGUUUCCUCGGAAUAUUUCCUCCCCGGUUCUCUUUCGGGCAGCGGGAUGUCUUCUGGUAAAGGCAGCAGCAUCUUCAGCAGCUACCGGGCGCUCGCGCUCUACUGCAACCACGUCCCGCACGUGGUCCGGUUCCACCGGCGGCACCGGCAGUUUUAUCUGGUGACGGCCGUGGGGGCAAGUUUCCACACCUACAACGUGAAAAGACUUGGAAUAGUUGCAGUUAGUAAUCCACUUCCUGAAGAUAUCACCUGUCUGGCAGCAGACCGAAUGCUUGUAUUUGCAGCUCAUAGCAACUGUGUGAAAGCAUUUGCCAGAAACAAAGAUAUUGUGCAUACAUAUGAAGGACAUAAUGCGGCGGUCCAUCUCUUGCUGCCUUUUGGUGAUCAUGUGAUCUCAGUAGAUCGAGAUAACACGCUUAUUAUUUGGAAUGUGGAAUCAGAGGAAGAAUACCUUCAACUGAACUUUGAUAAAAUCACAUUUGCAAUUUCUGCCCUUUUGCAUCCAAGUACCUAUAUCAACAAAAUUUUACUUGGCAGUGAGCAAGGGAGUCUUCAACUUUGGAAUAUUAAAUCCAACAAACUUUUAUAUACCUUUCAAGGUUGGGGCUCAAGUGUAUGUGUGCUUCAGCAGGCCCCAGCAGUGGAUGUAGUUGCUGUAGGCCUAGCAUCUGGUAUGAUAAUUGUUCAUAAUCUGAAAUAUGAUGAAAUGGUAAUGAAAUUUCAGCAAGACUGGGGACCAGUCACAGCGAUAUCAUUUCGCACAGAUGGCUUCCCAGUGAUGGCUGUUGGUAGUCACGUGGGUCACAUUGGUCUAUGGGAUUUGGAAGAGAAGAAGCUGAUUAGCCAGAUGAGAGAAACUCAUACAACAGCCAUUUCAGGACUAACAUUUGUUCAUGGAGAGCCACUCCUCAUUACUACCGGUGAAGACAAUGCAAUUCGGGUCUGGAUUUUUGAUGCUCCAGGAGGUGGAGGUCGUCUUUUACGAUGCCGAAUGGGACAUGGUGCCCCUCCAACCAAAAUAAAAUACCAUGGAUCUGAUGGACAAAACAUUCUUAGCUCUGGACAAGAUGGAACUUUGCAGUCAUUUUCCACUAUUCAUGAAAGUUCUAAUAAGAGUUUGGGUCACGGUCGCAUGAACAAAAAGAAAUCCAAAACCAAAGGGUUGAAUUACGAAUUAAUGAAACUACCUCCUAUUACUACAUUUGCCUCAGAAACAGCACGUCAGAGUGAUUGGGAUGGAAUUAUUGCUUGUCAUCAAGGAUGCCUAAUCAGUACAACAUGGAACUACCAGAAAACCACAAUGGGAGCACACAAAUUGGAGCCUCAGAGAUUUAAGAAAGAACACAGUCAGAAUGUUUAUGCCACAGCUGUGGAUAUAACAUCUUGUGGAAAUUUUGCUAUUGUUGGCCUUUCUUCAGGCCACGUGGAUGUGUAUAAUAUGCAGUCGGGCAUACACAGAGGGCAGUAUGGUGAAAGCAAAACUCAUGAUGGCCCAAUCCGAGGAGUUGCUGUUGAUGGACUGAAUCAGCUCACUAUUACAGCUGGUGGGGAUAAACUCAUCAAGUUCUGGAAGUUUAAAUCAAAGCAGUUGGUUCAUACAACAACGCUAGAUGCAUCACCAAUCACUAUUUUGCUACAUAGAGACAGUGGCAUGUUAGCUCUAGCUAUGGAUGAUUUCAGGAUAGCAGUUCUGGACAGUGAAACAAGAAAAUUUGUGAGAAGAUUCAUUGGACAUCAGAAUCAAAUCAAUGAUAUGGCUUUUAGUUCAGAUGGACGGUGGUUAAUUACUGCUUCAAUGGACUGUACAAUCAGGACCUGGGAUCUCCCAUCAGGCUGCCUAGUAGACUGCUUUUUGCUUGAUUCGGCAGCUAUCAGUAUUACCAUGUCUCCCACUGGAGAUUUUCUUGCUACUGCUCAUGUUGAUAACUUGGGAAUAUACCUCUGGUCCAACAAAACACAAUAUAAUAUUAUUUCCCUUCGUCCACUUCCUGCUGAUUAUCAACCUACUGUUACAAUGCUUCCUGGAGCAUGUCAUCAAGAAGAUAUGGAGACGUCAGACAAUGAAACAGAAUUAGAAGGUCAGAUGAUAGAAUAUGAUUCAUCUGAACAGCUCGGAGAGCAGUUGGUGACGCUCUCUUUGCUUCCAGAAUCACGCUGGAAAAAUCUUCUCAACCUUGAUGUUAUUAAGAAAAGGAACAAACCCAAGGAACCACCUAAAGUGCCCAAAUCUGUUCCUUUCUUCAUUCCAACUGUUUCUGGCCUUGUGCCUCACUUUGUUGCUGCAGAACAACAAGCUGUUGACAACCAGUCCAAAGUGGUAAACCUGGGGGUACUGGCACAAAAAACAGAGUUGUACAUGCAGCUGGAAGGUGCUCUAAACACCAAUAAUUAUGACCAUGUAAUUAAACUUUUGAAAGGAAUGGGCCCAUCGAAUAUCGACAUUGAGCUGAGGAGCUUGGCCCCAGAAGGAGGAGGUUCUUUGAAUGUGAUGCAAAGUUUUCUGCAAAUGAUCAGCUGCAUGCUUUCUACAAAGCGUGAUUUUGAAUUGGCUCAGGCCUACCUUGCAUUGUACUUGAAGCUCCAUCUCAAGGUUAUUGCUGCUGAACCAGUUCUACUAGAAGAAAUGUCCAAAGUAUCAGUGCAGUUGGAGGAAACUUGGAUGCAUAUGCAAACCCUUUUCAAUAAGAGCAUGUGCCUCCUGGGCUAUAUGAAAAGUGCUCUGUUGUAAACUGAAAAUUAGCACUGUUCAGUGAUUCAGUGCAUAUUCUACCUUAACACACCCACACAUGUUAUUAUGCCACUUUUUCUACAUUAUAUACUGUGCGUUGCCAUGGAUAGAAAUUGCUUUUCAGAUAUAAUUCCUCUAUUUAAGGUUUGAAGUAUUCUGUUGACUAUAAUUUCUUAAAAGGUAUGUUGUAAUGGUGGCAUUUUUUUGAAUGUGCCUAUAACAGGUUGGCAUAGAAGAGAAAAUGGCCCAAAACUUGCCAAACUAUGCAUUUUUGUGGAUCAUCAUUUUCCUUCAUGCUUGCUGUCUAAUUAUUUGCUGUUACUAUUGAUAUGUAAAUAAAAGUUGUUUUAUUAUGGAAUUGUAUCAGUUGUAAAACUAAAACUAUUUUGUCAAAAAUAAAUUAGAUUUCAUCUUUUAUAUCAAUAUUUUAUAGCAAGCACCUACAUUGAAUUAAAAAGAAUACAUGUUUUAUAGAAUCAGCCAUUUUAUCUACGUGUUAUGUAUUGUUUUGUAUUCAUUGUAUGAUUCUAAUAUUAAACCUGUUAUUAUUUAGGGGUAUAUUUCUGCUAAGCAAUAAUCAGAAGAAUGAUUAGAUAAACAUUUUAAUAUUCUUGUUAAGUUGUAUAACCAAUACUCAUUCAAAAAGGAAGAUCUACACCAAGCUAAGCUCAAGAAUAAUGUUAAACUUCCAUGCAGAAUCAUUUGGAGAUAAUUUUAAUCAAUGGGGAUUAACAAAAGCUAAAGUUUCCUGAAUGUGUACAGAAAUUUCAAGGAAUGAGUGAAGAGGCAAGUGUGAAAUCUAGGGCUGAAACAAAAGGAAAUUUCAUGUGGAAUUAAAGCUUAAAUAACUGGAAGAAAUUCGAAAGACAGAAUAAGGUCAUGGUGAGGAAUAGUAAAAGAACAGAAUAGCUGAAGCAUACUGUUUAUUUGACAUGAGAGAGCUUAUGUAGGAUGGAAGAAUGGUGGAAGUAUUAAAUGUAAUUAGCAUAUAAAUAGUGAACCUGUAGGACUAGAAGAGGAAAUGGUAGAGUUUUUAUUUAUUUCAAUUUUCAGGAACUGAGCAUAGCUGCAGCAGUGUUGGGGAGGGAGUCUCAGGAUUUAGACCCAGUGACAAUGAAGGAUUGCCAUUGUAUUUCUAAAUCAGUAUGGUGUGUGGCUUGCGCCUGCUGCCCUUCUCAAUAGUAAAGCUCGUGGGUUUGGGAGGUGGCGUAGCCUCGGAGCUGCAAAUAAGUGGGCUACCGCUGUAUACUGGUGGUGCAGGGAAUGAUUAUUCAGAAUAGUGGCUGGGGUACUAUUCAAGUGAUCCCAUUUAUCUUGGUUGGUUUCAAGUUGCUGAAGAGUUGUAGGAGCUCCAUUAAUCCAGAGAAUGGCAUGAUAUUCCAUCACACCCCUAGCUUGUGCCUUGUAGAUGAUGGGAUGUUUCUGGGGUGUCAGGAAGUGAAUCAAUCACUCACAGGAUUCAGGCCUCUGACUUGCUUUUGUAGCUGGAGUAUGUAAGUGACUGUCCUGUUGAGUUUAUGGCCAAUGAUGACUCCCCCUAAAAGGAUGCCAGUGGCAGUGAAAAUGCAAUAAAGUUCAUGGGCAAGUGGUUAGAUUCUCUUGGAGAUGGUCAUUGCCUGGCACUCUUGUGGUGUGAAUAUUACUUGCUACUUAUCAGCCAUGUCUGAAUGUUGUCAGUCUUGCUGCACGCAGGCAUGGACUGCUUCACAUACUGAGUUAUAAAUAGAAUUAGACAUUGCACAAUGAUUGUAGAACAUCCUUACCUUUAUGAUGAAUGAAAAAUCAUUGAUGAAACAGGUAGACGUGAUUUGGACCCAAGACAUUACCUUGAACUAAUAGAAUGAUUUCCAACAGCUUCAAUCAUCUUUCUUUGUGCAAGGUAUGGCUCCAGCCAUUGGAGUGUUUUCUCCUUGAUGCUCAUUUUUAUAUAGGGUAAUCACAAGUAAGGAAGUGCUAUUAGAAAAUGUUAAUUGAAGUGAGGAAAGGAACGUGAUGUCAUGCACCUUAGAAUACUGAGAAAGAUCUGAAAACAAAAUCAUUUCCUUUAAUCUCUCAGUAUGGAAAUUGUGCUACAAUACUGGACGAUUUUCAAUGUAAUAUCUCUUUAAACUUGAGCUUAUUUUUGUAUAUUAAUAUUACAAAUACUAAAAUAUCAUUUGGUUUGGGAUUCUCC